AUGAAACCGAAAAAGAGUGAUGUAGCAUACCUAACCGACUGCCCGAAGACCUUCGACCCAUGGACCGUGGAACCACUCAUGUCUGUGGCCUUUUUGGAUCCCCUAUUCGCACACAACGAAAUCUCCCUCACGGAUGCACAACCGCCCAUCUCAUUUCCAGACCUCAAUCUCCCGCUUAUUCGUUUCAAUGCUGAGAUCCACCGCGAUUUUGACACAGGUGAAGCUGUCGAUGAGGAAGUGAUUUACUCGUGUUCCUCCACCAUAUUUGACACUGACGGCAAACCGAGUACCGAUAAUUCUUCCGAGGGACCUUCCGCUUCACAGACUGUGCUCUUGGAGAUUUGUGGAAAACUUAUGCCUUCCUUCAAUGUAAAAGGGGGACCACUACUUAAGGAGUGUUUUGGCAACGUCCCGGUUUCGACGGCUGAUGACGUGGUUGAGAAAUUUCUCGCUCUGGGCUCUGAGGAAGCUCUAAAUAAGUACUUGCCCUCUGACGAGGAGCUGGAACCUGAUGAAUCUCCAAAGGAAGUGGUGGAAGUGGAGGAACAAAAGGAACAAAAACGUGAAAAACUCGAUCCAGAGACACAGGCUCUACUAGAAAAACGUUUGCGUAAGCCUACAGAUGAAAAGACCUCAUAUUCCGUCCUGGAGGAUAGCCUGGAGAAGUUACCGCCGUUGGCUGAGCUCAUACCUGACCCAGCGUUCAAUUGGCCCUUCGAACUGGACACUUUCCAGAAACAGGCGAUUCGCUGUCUAGAGCACAAUCAAUCGGUUCUUGUGUCUGCGCACACGUCGGCAGGCAAGACUGUGGUCGCGGAGUACGCCUGCGCGAUGUGCAAGCGCCGCGGAUCUCGCGCCAUCUACACCAGCCCCAUCAAGGCGCUGUCAAACCAGAAAUUUCGUGAUUUCCGGCAGACUUUGAACAAUUAUAGACUGACGUUCGGUGACGACGUGGGCCUUUUAACUGGGGACAUCAAAGUGGCAACCAAAUCGAGUAUCCUGGUGAUGACUACUGAGAUCCUUCACAACAUGCUUUGCAACUCCGCUGACACCAUCCACGACCUCGAGGUUGUUAUUAUGGACGAGGUAAAUCAUCCUAUUGAUGUGCACUACUUAAAUGACAAGGAACGUGGCCAUGUCUGGGAGCAGCUGAUGAUCAUGCUGCCGCAGAGCGUGGUUCUAGUUUUGCUCAGCGCCACCCUGCCGAAUGUCCUCGAAUUCGCCGAUUGGCUGGGUCGAAUCCGUGGCGGAACCACGAUCCACGUCUGUCAGACGUACAAACGGCCCGUUCCUCUGGAGCACUUUCUCUACACGGGCUGUGACACCCAGACACGAAGCAACUUAUACCUCGUUGUGGAUAAGGACGGCAAGUUCAGUCGGGAAGGCUACAGGGAGGCGGUUGACUCGUUAACCAAGCCGAAGAAGGUGAGUAAGAAGGGCCAGGACCCGGGAGCUGUGGCUGCUGCAGGCAAGAGCGGUGAAAAUUUUGAUCCUAGUGAAAUUGCCCGCAUGGAAGCCAAACAGAAACCCAAGUCGCAGUAUACCGGAGGCAAGGUGAACACACCUGGUCGCCAGACCUACAAGCCAAAAGAAUCCGAGGGCUACAAUCGCGGCAACAUGACAGACACAACCGUCUGGACUGGGCUGAUUCGCAUGCUGCAGGAGCGCGAACUGACGCCCGUCAUUGUCUUUUGCUUUUCGCGGGCCAAAAUCACCAAUCUUGUCCACUGCCUCGACUCCAUUGACCUGCUCAAUAAGAGUGAGCAGUGUGGCGAGAAGAACGAGGUUAUCGUGUUCCUGCGGGCUGCCAUUGGUAAUCGAUUGAAAGCGUGUGACAAGCAAUUGUCCCAAGUCCUCCUUGUACGCAGCCUCGCUGUGCGCGGGAUUGCCAUCCACCACGCAGGCAUGCUGCCUCUCCUAAAGGAGGUGGUUGAACUGCUGUUUCAACGAGGCCUGGUGAGAAUUCUCUUCGCAACGGAGACGUUUGCCAUGGGUGUCAAUAUGCCCGCUAGAUGCGUCAUAUUCACAGCCAUCCAGAAACACGAUGGAAAUCGACGGCGACCGCUUACUGCCGGCGAGUACACUCAGAUGGCGGGAAGAGCUGGUCGCCGUGGUCUUGACUCCACGGGAACAGUAAUCAUCAUGUCUAACAACUACGAAGCAAGCGUCAUGCCCACCGACCUUCAGAUACAACAGAUGCUCCUGGGUCAGGCUACCAAGUUGACGUCGCAGUUCAAAGUCACGUACUCGAUAAUUCUUUACCUCCACCGUGGUAACCUCCAGACACCCCAGGAACUUAUUAGUCGGAGUUUCAUGUAUGCGUCUGAUCUGCGCUUCGAACGGCAGUGGAAACGUCAGUUGAAGUACCUCCAGGAGACGGUUCAUUCGACGACAGUGCAUAAACCCUCUUCCAGUCAUUCACUGGCUCCGGGCGUUGUGUCCAGCAAGACUGCCCCGGUUGCCAUCUCCAGCGGGGCCGACGACGCGGUUCCGCUCUCGUACUCGCAGGUCCGGUGUCCCGCGCAUCCCCUCGACUCCGAGGCCUCUGCCCUGUCCCCCUGCGUGGGACAAAUCGCGAGCUACUACCUGUCUUGUUGCCGUUGGCGUGACCUCACCUAUGCGUGUGCAGCUUCCUCCGCGAAUCAGCCUCUGUCAGCACUCUCCAAGAUCUUCUCACCCGGCCGUCUUCUUCUCCUUCAACUCUCCACCGAGAGCGUGGCUCCGGCCGCCAAGAGCAUGUCUGGCGCUAGUCUAGGUGCAAAUGCCGGGUCCACGUGUGUUCCCAACUGGGUCACCCUGGGAGUUGUGCUGGACCUCACCAAAGCCUCCAUUGAUGUCGUCGUAUCAGAGAAUUCGCCGAUCGCACGGUCCCAUGUCACGCUUGCCAUACUAACCUGGGAACUGCCCGCUUCACCGAUAGCUGAUUGCACCGGUGCAAUUGGAGGCAGCCAGGCGGAGGAGGACGUUCUCGAAUCCGGGGAACUCCGCCACCAGGCAUUUACUCCGUUUCCGCCUCAUCUGAUGCCGAACUACUGCCCGAAGUCUGUAGAAGAGAGCAAGUCGCGUCUCGUCUACGUCUCCGAGGUGCCGCUUACCGCGGUGCUGGCGGUCUUUUCCAACACCGUGGAAGUUGGAAACAGCAAGGCCUACGCCGAGACCAUCUCCAAUGAGCUUACGUGGUUCCGCCAACAGCAAAUGGCCUCCGCUGAAGGCUGCUUUGUGAUUCACAAGAAACGCGGUGACUCGCCCGAUCGCAAGAAGCAAGUUUGUCUGCUCGCCGCUACAAACGAGGCGCUUUUCAACUGCGCCCAGAAGCGCCUAUCUGGUGGCAUCGAAGCACUGCCGUUUUGGCAGCACCUUGGUUUGGAGGGUCCAGAGGUGGACGAGUGGACAGCGUUGACGGAGGAACUGAGCCGCCAACCUGACGCGUCUGAUGGGACACACAGGUUAUCAUCCGCCCCUCCCCCCGAUUGCAGGGAUCUCGUUGGUCACUUGAGUCUAGCCCACAGAACCACUCGACGGCGCUGGGCAAUUGGGCGCUUGUCGGAGAAGUUGAAGAUGAAUCGCGGCGCCCUACUGGCUGACUACGAGGCUCGAGUCUUUAUUCUCGAGGAGUUGGGCUUCCUAGACAAGACCACACGAUCGGGCUGCCUCACACGAAAAGGUCCGUGUUGUUUGCAUGGCGCAGGCGGGCUGCUUAGUAGAUAUCUUUCAUCCAAGUUGCACUUGCCAUUCCUACAUCUGGCCUGCCUGAUUGUCCACGGUUGCUGGUGCAUGGCAGCCUGUGAAUUCCAGCAGAUGGAGGUCCUUCUCGCCGAGGUUCUCUUUGACGGGUCCAUAACACAUCUGCCACCCGCAGACAUAGCUGCAUUGUUGUCGUGUUUUGUCUGUGAGUCGGGCAUGGGUGGCGGUAGCAGUGUGCCACAGGGUACCAACGCCUCACUACCCCUGUCAAAUCCUCUUGCUCCCCGCGUGACCAUUGUCAACCAGGAGGACAUCAACACCCCCACUUCUACGCAAAAGCACCCACUCGACGAGAUUCCCCUUCCGACUGUUCCUGAGCACUUGCAAUCGGCAGUUCGAGAAAUGCUCAAGAAGGCUGAUCAGUUGAUGCGUCUCCAAGUGGAGUUCCAAGUUGACGAUCCCGAGGCAGAUACCCGCCUGAACCCGGCCCUGGUGGGAGCCACGUACGCCUGGGCCUGUGGCCAGCCAUUCUCGGCCAUCAUCAACCUGACCACCUUCGCUGAAGGCCAUCUCCUACGGGCACUACAGCGACUGGAUGAGCUGCUGCGCCAUGUGUGCAACGCUUGCCGUGGACUCGGUGACCAGGCCCUUGCGUCGCGCAUUAACGACGCCCAUGUGGCCAUCCACCGAGACAUGGUCUGUGCGCCUUCGCUCUACGUCGCAGAGGAACUCCCCUUGCCUCCCACCAACGAGCACAGCGUGGAGGUCUAG